CUUCCUAAUGUGGCUGCAGCUUUUGAGAAGCUCAGCUUCUCACUUUUUCUUUGUAAAGGCCGGAAACUCCCCAAUUCUUACUUCCGCGGCAGCUUCCGGCUUUUGAUUAAUGAAAUUGACAUGAUAUCCCCAUUUUAUCCUCGCACUUCCUUUUAUUUACAAAAAAACCACUAUAUAAUGUUUCAAAACACCACAUUUCUCCUCCUUUCUUCACCGUUCUUCACUGUCUUCUUCCUCAUCCAAUUCAAUCAGAGAAACAAACAAAAAUUCUUCCUCAAACAGAAAAUUCUUCCUGAUCCAGAACUCUCUAAUGGACAACAUAAAAUGGGUCAUGGAUAUUGUGACGGAUGUUGUACCUAAGGUUAAGAAAUAUGUCAGCUAUCAGAUACAUCACAAUCAUUAUGUCAAUGAAUUCAAAGACAUGCAAACAAAGCUGAAGCGCCGACGGCAAGAUGUUGAGCAAGAACUACGUACUCAGCUUAAGCAGCCUAGAAAGAUUGCAAAGAAGGAAGUUAAAGCUUGGCUAAAGGAAGCAGACCAAGAAACUGCAGAAAAAGUGGCUGAAGAUCUAAUCUACAAAGGAGGCCCUUUCACAUAUAUUUUCUCCUCAAGAGAGCUCGAUGAAAGGACUCAAUCACUGGAAGAAGGAAUAUUUAAGCAAGGAGAAAAGUACACUAGUGCUGGUGAGAGUUUGGUCGUAGAUACUCCCUCAAUUGAGUAUUGGGCAACUGUAUUUGAAGAAAGGCAAGAGCAGCUGAAGCUCCGACAGAAAGACAUUGAAGCAAAAUUGGAGACUCAACUUAUGCAGCCUGGAAAGAUUGCAAGCAUGGAAGUUAAAGACUGGUUGAAGAAAGUAAGCCAACAAAUUCCCAUAAAGGUUGAAGAUCUAAUCAACCAAGGGGGAUGCUCCUCUCUUUCCAACCUCAGGAGAAAAAUUGAAGAAUUGAAGCAAAUAUUUGAGCAAGGAGAAAAUUACACUAAUGAUAGUCAGGGUUUGGUCAUAGAUGAUCACUCAAUCAAAGGAGUUUCGCAACUCGUUGAUGAAUGCAGGGGCAGGGAUGAUAUACAAGAUCAAAUUCUGGAAUGGUUGAAGGGAGGUGAGUGUCAAGAGACUUUGACAUUAUUGUCCAGCAAAAAAACGAAGUUUGAUAUUCUCAAGUUUCAGAAAAGGAUUGCAAGUAGCUUGGGAUUAGAACUGAAGCCCGAGGAUCAUGAGAAUGAAAACAAGCCUGCAGGAUUGAUUUCACAAAGAAAGCUCGAUAAAAGGACUCAAUCACUGACUGAAGGAAUAUUUAAGCAAGGAGAAAAGUACACUAGUGCUGGUGAGAGUUUGGUCCUAGAUACUCCCUCAAUUGAGUAUUGGGCAACUGCAUUUGAAGAAAAGCAGGAGAGGCUAAAGCACCAAAAGGAAGACAUUGAAGAAAUUUUGAAGACUCAAUGCAUGCAACUUGGAAAGAUUGCAAGGAAGGAAGUUGAAGAGUGGCUAGAGAAAGCAGGCCAACAGAUUGGCAUAAAGGUUGAAGGUCUGAUCAACCAAGGGGAAUGUUCCUCAUCAACCAACCUCAAGAAAAACAUUGAAGAAUUGAAGCAAAUACUUGAGGAAGGAAAGGAAUUUACUAAUGCUGGUGUAAGUUUGGUCAUAGAUGAUCACUCAAUCAAAGGAGUUCCACUACUCGUUAAAGAAUGCAGGGGCAGGGAUGAUAUACAAGAUCAAAUUCUAGAAUGGUUGAAGGGAGAUGAGGUUACAAGAAUUGCAGUUUCAGGAAUGGGCGGUGUGGGCAAGACAACAAUUAUGAAGCAGGCCCACAACCAACUAUUGAAAGAAUCCAAAUUUAACAAAAUUAUUUGGGUAAAAGUGUCAAGAGACUUUGACAUUAUUGUCCAGCAAAAAAAGAAGUUUGAUAUUCUCAAGUUUCAAAAAAGGAUUGCAAGUAGCUUGGAAUUAAAACUGGAGCCCGAGGAUCAUGACAAUGAAACCAAGCUUGCAGGAUUGAUUUCACAAAAGUUGAGGCAAGGCAACUCUCUGCUAAUUCUAGAUGAUGUGUGGCAGCAAUUUUGUCUAGAAGAUGUUGGAAUUCCUAUUCUAGAUGGAAAUAAUGGUUGCAAGGUGGUGCUCACGACACGGUUACAAGAUGUUGCUCGUGGGAUGGAGUGUGAGGUGGUCAUGGUGAGUCCUCUUCCAGCUAAUGAAGCAUCAGCAUUAUUUUGGGAGAAAGUUGGAAGUGAUGUGUUUUCAGAUGGAAAAAUUAAAAGAGAUAUAGAGCCAUUUGUGAAGAAAAUUUUGCAAAAAUGUGAUGGAGUACCCCUUGCUAUUGUGACAGUGGCAAAAUCAAUGAGAGGGAAAUUACUUCCUCGUCAUUGGAAGUUGGCACUUUCUGAAUUUAGUAAAUUUGAAAGUAUUAUCGAUUGUUUGAAAUUCAGUUAUGAAUGCCUAGAAUCACAAUGCCAACAGUGUUUUUUAUAUUGUGCAUUGUAUCCUGAAGAUCAUGAAAUCCUAAAGGAGGAAUUAAUUGAGUAUUGGAUUGAGGAGGGGCUUAUAUAUAAAGAAGGGAAAACUAGGGAGGCAAUGAAUUGGAAAGGUCAUGAUAUAGUCGAUAAGCUAGUUGACAACUGCUUGUUGCAAUCGGUUAAAAAUAUAGACAACCAAGAAUGUGUGAGUAUGCAUGAUCUUCUCCGAGAAAUGGCACUGGAAGUCAGUCAAUUUUUUGUGAAAGCUGGCAUUGCCUUGGAAAAGCUACCAGAAGAGGAUGAAUGGAGAGAUUGUUUGAAGGUUUCUUUAAUGAGGAAUCACAUAAAAGAAAUUCCAUCAAGCAUGCCUUCUCUAAAGUGUCCUAUGCUCACAACCUUGCUAUUAUCCAACAACAAUAUUUCAACCAUUCCAGAAGCUCUUUUUGAGCAUAUGCUUGGGCUCAAGAUUCUUGAUAUUUCCCACAAUCUUGAGCUAAGUAGGCUGCCGAGUUCUGUUUCCAAAUUAGAGAAGCUUACUACAUUAUUGCUGGGGAAUUGUGGCUUCUUAGAAGAGGUACCGUCUUUAUCCAACCUUGUAGGCUUAAAAAAGUUGGACCUUUCCUGGACAUCAAUUGAAGAACUACCCCAAGGCCUCAAUAUGUUAACAAAUCUAAAAUAUCUUAGUCUUGGUGGAAGAUUAUCUGAAACACUUGAUGAACAGCUACAAAAUCUCUCCAAACUUCAGCAUUUACUAGCAAAUGCUUAUCCCGAUGCCGAAACAAAAUAUAAAUGGGAGACGAUUGGAAUUUGGGGGAAGCUUCAAAAACUUGAGAAGCUGGAACUUGGUUAUUUGGAUAACUUGAAUAUGGUGUUUGGGGAAGUAGGAGCAAUUGCUGAGUCAGCACCGCUACCAGCUGGCACAUUUUCCUCUCUUCAAUAUAUUAGUGUUAUUGAAUGUGAUAAAAUAAAGAUGUUAUUCUCAGUUAGGUGGUUGGGAUAUCUCCAGAAACUACAAACUAUUGAGGUUACUUAUUGUUGGCAAAUGGAGGAGAUAAUAGGGUCUGAAUCUGAAGAAGGAGAAAAAGUCACUCUACCCAACUUAGAAAGCUUGAGAUUGGGCUCUUUGCCCCAAUUGAAGAGCAUCUAUAAUGGUUCUUUGAUUUGUGAUUCCAUCAAGAAAAUUAAAAUUUUCAAUUGCAAAAAUAUAGAGAGUGCUUUUUGGUCAGGGUUCAACCCACUUCCAAAUCUGGAAUAUCUAUGCCUCUUUGAAUUACAAAGUUUGAAAUGUGUAUUUGAUGAAGAAAGUCUUGGUUUAUCACCACUUGUACCUCCCACAAGCUUUUUCCCUCUUAAAGAAAUUGAGGUUCUUGAUUGUCAUCAAUUAAAGAAGGUAUUCUCAUCUGGAUGGCUGCUCCACUACUUCCAAUCUCUAGAGACUAUUAAAGUUGAAAAUUGUCCGAAAAUGGAGGAGCUGAUAUCGUCAUCAGCACAUGAAGAAGGAAAAGUCACUCUACCCCAGUUACAAAGCUUGAAAUUGAUUGAAUUGCCACAAUUGAAGAGCAUCUACAGCAGCUCUGGUGUGUUUAUUUGUGAUUCCAUCCAGAGUCUGAUAAUUUACAAGUGUGAGAAGCUAAAAAGGAUUCCUCUGAAUUUUCACUUGCUUGAUAAUGUCCAAUCAUCUCAUCCUCCUUCCCUCAAAAAAAUUAGGGUAUACCCAAAAGAAUGGUGGGAAUCAUUGGCAUGGGACCAUCCCAAUGCAAAAGACAACCUUUGACCCUUCUGUGAAUUUCGGCAGAUUUAUUGGUGAUCCUAGGCAAAUUGAUUAGUGGUAGGGUAGGAGGCACUACAAAUUUUAUUGCAUUUGCAUGUCUCUUCUCAAAUUUCAUUCAACAACAUUAUCAUAAUCAACAACAACCAAGACUUACUUUCAUCAACAAUAGUGGCACACUCUGUUAUUUAUCUCCUCAGAAUUGCCCAAGAAGGACUAGCAUUCAGUGGUCUCCAUAUUUGCUCUUAAAGGUGUCUGCUUUGGCGAUGAAAUGAUUGACCAGGUUUCAGUAGUUUCAGUACUCUUGCUAGUCCUUGCUUCCCUACCUCUUAUUUGACACCUUGUUUCGAAUUCAAUGGUCUCCAUGUGUGCCCUUAAAGCUGGCCAUGGACAGAUUGACUCAAUUUCUGAAGUAUUUUUAAUUUGUGGUAUUGGGAUAUUAUAUGAUGUUGCACAGUGGGAAACAAUUGCAAAUCUAUUAAGAUGCUUGUUAGAAACAAAGUUGAUAAUGUACAUGAUUCAAGUAGUAGUGAAUUUUUUCCCUUUAGUUUGAUUGACCAAUGUUUGUAUCUGAGUCUCAUUUUGCUCCAGUUAGCAAUUUAAUUUCAAGUUCAUCUGAAACUUUCUCAUAGACCUAUUUGAUGUUAUGGAUAAUAAUUCUUGAGUGUUAUU